AUGUCAAGGGGCCUCGUUAUGAUAAACGAGAACUGGUUGAAGGAAGCAGAAAUCGCACUACCUGGGAUGUCUAUUCUACGCAACGAUCGACCAAGUAGAGGAGGUGGAGUACUACUUUAUCGCAGCGAACUACACAUUGAUCUCAUCGAUGAUCCAGAGGUUCAGAUUGUCGAUGCGCUUUGGUGUCGUCUUCACCUAAGCCGUGGGGACGCAUGUUUGUUGGGUGUGAUGUAUCGCCUUCCGUCGGCUACUUUGGAAAUGGACAACCGCAUAGCCUCCACAAUGAAGACCAUUCUCUCGCAGUCGUACAGCCACAUUCUCCUGGUUGGCGACUUCAAUAUUCAUACCACAGAAACCCCAGCCUGUAUCAACGAACACUUCAAAAUGAAGUACAGGAGAUAAUUAGUGGACUACCACUCUACAAUCACAUCACAUCUCCCACAAGAUUCAGGACGGGAAACAAA